UAGCCCUAUACUGCUUUCCCGAUAACCAAACGGAUGUUGGUGCCCCAGCACUUGCAACCAAACACAGUGGAGGGCUUGUGUAACUAGCAACGCUUUCAGCUCCAGUUGGAGCUUGAAGCAUUGAACCGAUUGCCACUACGCGAAGGAAAGAGAUUUGAUUUUGGCGCCCUGAAGAGAGGAAAGAGGAGGGAAGUAAUCGAAGUAGAAAUAGAAAAGGAAAGCCCAUCGAACGUUUGGAAGUAGGUCGCACAAUCGCACCUUGUAGUGGGGAAGAAGUGGAAGUAAUUGUGGAGUUUCGAGAAAAUGGUGUUAGGGUUACAGAGCUUCACGCAGAGAACCGGAGAAGGUGCAGGGCAGCCUAUUCUUAAUGCCGAGAAUGACGAGCAGUUGAUGCACGUUCAACCUGGAGUUGCCAUUGUUCUCGGCAACCAAGCUCCUGAGUCUUCCGGAGCUCUCUACAUCUCCACCAGGAGAAUAAUGUGGCUGAGCGAUGUAGAUUGGGAGAGAGGUUUUGCAGUGGACUUCUUAUCGGUGUCUUUGCACGCUGUGUCGAGGGACCCGGAAGCUUACCCCUCGCCUUGUAUUUAUGCUCAGAUUGAGACAGAAGCUGGUGAAGAUGAGGAGUCAGAAGACUCAGAUUCAGAAUGUGAUCAGACCCGAGAUGUAUCUAAAAUCACAGAGAUGAGGCUUGUUCCAUCAGAUCCGAACCAAUUGGAUUCUCUGUUUGACAUAUUCUGCCAGUGCGCAGAGCUAAAUCCCGAGCCAGUGGAAGAGGAAGAAGAACACAACUGGAUUUUUAGUGCGGAUCAGAUGCCAGAUGAUGCAGGUUCAGAUGGAGGGGAAGAAUCUGAAUGGCAGCUCUCUGAAAAUCCUGCCAACCCCAUUGGUUAUUCGAAUGGGGGCCAUGACCUAACUCAUAGAGUGGUAGAGCUUCAAAUUGAUGAUCAACGCUUUGAUGAUGCUGAGGAAAUGGACCACAACACGCGCAACAGUCACCAGUGACCUUCAUCUUGUCUUCUUAUUUUCUUUUUUUCAACUUUCUUACCUUUGAAUUUACAUUACUUGCUUCUCCAUGUCAAUGGUUUUGGUGUAGUUUAGGCUGUUACAUUUGCUCUGCUUCUAAAGUGUAUUACUUUCUAGAUCUAAACUUUUUUUUUUUUUCCUUCCUUGAAGAAAAACAAUGGAUUGAUUUUAUAGGAGAGUGGUUUGGAUGAA